AUGAGCAUCCUCCACGCGCUCGCCACAUCAGCCGCGCCGCUGAUCGAGGAUCCCCGCGCGCCGCUCGCGGAGCGCCUCCGCGCGCUCAUCAUCAAAGCGGAGGCCGCGGCGGGAGCCGCCGGACUUGCGCCGCAACAGCCGCCGCAAACGGCGGGGACGGCCGAGGCGCCCAAUCGCGUAAGACGUGACUUCCCAAAAUCCACGUCAGAACCUGGUGUUGCGGGCGCGGCCUCCGGUGCGACAGAUUUCAGCGAUUGGGACUCCCAUGUUCGCAAUGUCGAGUGUGAUACAACGGGGCGGCUUACAGCGGGGAUAGGGAGCCUUUUUAAAACGUUCCCUUCGUUUCCCGGAGCCACUCUUAACUCGUCGCUUUCUGACGUCGCCCUUUCCCGCCAAGACGUGCUGAUAGACGGCAGCGGGAGCAGCGGAAGCAGCUGCGGUACCCCGCGCUCCCCGCGCUCCCCGCGUUCUCCGCGCUCAUCCGCAUCGCCGCGAUCCCCGCAUUCCCCGCGCUCGCCUGCCCGGCAACGCCGCAGCUUCGCCCCAGCCGCGCUCCUCGAGUCGCCUAUCAUGGCCGGCCGCCCCGGCCCAACCCUAGGCUCGGCAGCAAGCUUGGCAGGCAGUGCAGCCACGGUACAAGCCGGACAUGCAGUUGUUACAGCGUGUUUCAACCUACCACCUCCGCCUCUCCCCCUCCCCGCCCCAGUUCUCCCCAUCCCCGCCUCACUUCCUCCGCACAACAUGGUUCCCCCUCCGCCUGCUGUGGCUCCAGUGCUGACAUGCGCUUUUCCACUGAAACCACCACUCCUUUCAGUGCCAGGUCUGGACGCCACCGAGCCUACUGGCUCUACUGGAUCGGGAAUGUCCGAGCCUGCGCUGGAGGGUGAGGAGGAGACCCCAACGUCAGGUGUGGAGAACCCAGGGAAGCUGGAAUUCGUUGACUUUGGAGGGAAGGGCGAAGCAGGAGGUGAUCUGAACGACUUGUUUGACUUUUUUGACUCGCUUGUGGGCGGCGCAAGUGGCAGCGGGAGUGGGAGCGAACAGCAGAGAGGCAGUGAGAAGCUUUAUGGAAGGAACAACAGCCGCAGCAACGACCGAAGCAGCAAGCACCUGGAAGUUUCAGAAGGACCUGAGCCCUUUCAGAGCAAAUCUCGGGAAGGUCGGAAAUUUCGGAGCAUGGAGGGACUGGAGGCGGGCAGCAACACGGAAUUUAUUUUGGUGCCUGCCGAAGAUGGGUACAACUGGCGGAAGUACGGGCAGAAAAUGGUGAAAGGUUGCCUGCAUCCCCGGCUUUAUUUCCGCUGCACGUUUCCGGGCUGCCCGGUGAGAAAAACAGAGGAACGGGCAGAUGACGGGGAGGUGCUGGAGAGAAUCUACAAGGGAUUGCACAAUCACCCGCUUCCUGGGCUGCCUGUGAAGGAAAACCGCCAUGGGUCACAAGAGAGGCUCUGGGGAAAGCGGCUGUUCCUUCAUCACAGCCGUUUAUCCGCCCCUGCCAACCUGCAAAUCUCAGCCGUUGAUCUUACCCACCCUGCUCCUGGUUCUGAGGGGCCGACAGGGAGCAGCGGCGGGUCGAGUGUGAGUGGGGAGAGGAAGAGGAAGGCACUACCUGGGGUAGGUUUAUCUGCUGGAUACCUGUCAGCUGAAGUAAUGGACGAGGAUGUUACUAGCGCAGCAGCUUAUAACGCAGCAGUAACUCUCAAUAAAGCUGCUCACAACGGAGCAGCUACUAAUGAAGCAGCUUAUAUCGAAGCAGCUACUAACGGAGCCGCGGAUAAGAGGCCGAGGCGAAGUGCCGAAACGGUGCUUGUAUGCGCGCAGCAAGUAAUCGAAGAGCCGAAACUGGUCGUGGAGUUACGCAGUAACAUGGAGCUUCUAGACGACGGUUACCGCUGGCGCAAGUAUGGGCAGAAGGUGGUACGCGGUAACCCUAAUCCGCGGAGUUACUACAAGUGCACGCACGCGGGGUGCACUGUGCGCAAGCACGUGGAGCGUGCGGUUACGGAUCCGUGCAUUGUGGUAACCAGCUAUGAAGGUCGGCAUUGCCAUGCCAUGCCAGGACCAGUGUUCUACCCUCCUGCCGAGAGCAAUCCAGCUCCUGGUGAUAGCAGUGCUGCCGGGAAGGGGAACGAUCACCCUGAGAUUUGUUCACGACGAUUGCCUGGAGAGGCUGUGGCCGUGGAUGGGGCGGGGCACUGGGUGCUGCAUUGA